UUAGCAUAAGUUGUCGAGUCAAUCAUUCGUUUGUUUAGCGUUGUUCUGAAUGAAUGUCGCGGAGGUGGUCAAUUAGUAAAAGCGUGAACUGGCUGUCAGUUUGGGAGUCUAUUAUGCCCAGGUCCAGUUCACGGCGGUGCGAAGGCCGGCGACGUGGACGGCUCUCAUUAUCUCCCUGCCACACGCUAUUCAUCAGCACCGCAUUAGCAUCCUCUUUAUGUCCUAACUCAUGAAUAAUCUUUUCAGUGAGCCCAAUAAUACUUGCUUUUUACAACCAAACCUAUUUCGUCACGUUAGAUACAAAAUAACUUUGGAGUUCUUAUAUGGCUGCGUACGUUUAAUGAUUGUGUUCUCAUAAUAAAUCAAUAAGCAUGGAGUUUGUAUAAUUUUGCACAGUACAUAUUCAUGUAAGAUAGUUAUGAUGAUCAUGAUCCAUAGUUGUCUUCUUUAUUAUUUGUUUUUUGUUAUAGAAUAAUAUGAGUCACCUAGAUCUGUGAUGUGACUAUGGAGUGCAGGGCAAAAUCUACGAACAGCCUACAACUACAUAGUAAAAACUUUGAAAAGCAUUGCAUAACCUGUCCAGUCUGGACAUUAUUUUUAUUUCUAUCAACCGUUACAAGGAGACGCAACUCAAAACGUGUUGUUCGCAGCAGAGGCGUUCCGGUGAACAUUACCGAUCAAAUCCAUCUCAUUGUGAUAAGCACGCUGCUCCCGCGCAGGAAUUUUAUCGCUUACACGUAUCGAUUCGUUAUACUGCAGCUUCGGAUUCGUUGUGAAACUCUACCAUUUCAAGAAUAGGACUUGUUAGCACUGCAACGAAACUAAUGACCCAUUCGGAUCAGAUGCCAUUCAGGUGCGAGUUCUGCUCACGACUGUUCAAGCACAAACGUUCUCGAGAUCGCCACGUCAAACUGCACACGGGGGACCGCAAGUACCGCUGUGCACACUGCGAGUCUGCUUUCUCCAGAAGCGACCAUUUAAAAAUCCACAUGAAGACGCACGACAAUCAGAAGCCGUUCCAGUGUACAGUCUGCAACCGCGGCUACAACACGGCGGCUGCUCUGACGUCACACAUGCAGGGUCAUAAACGGGACAGGGAGGGCCGCGAGCCCGACCGACGCAGAGCCCUGCGCUGUCUGCGCUGCGGGGACGCGUUCCGACGACCUGACCUGCUGCAGGCACACAUGGCGAGCGCGCACGGUGUUGACACUGCAGCAAUGACUCCCCCACGACGCGUUGCUUCGCAACCGCCGCCCACACUUCUCGCUUGCAUCUACUGCACUCGCGAUACUUUCACCAGUAUGGAACAACUACAAUUACACGUCCGCGCAGCUCACUCGGCUCUACUGAACGGAGAACGACCGGUACAAAUUGAUCAGCCAGCUCCCACGGACCUCAGUCGACGAGCACCCGACGAAGUGCCUCCUGUCAAACGUCCUCGCUCUGGAUCUGGCACACCACAAACAACUCUAUCGCCUAGUACACUUCUUUGCAAUCAAUGUGAUGCUGCUUUACCAGAUUUUGAAGCAUUUCGUGCUCAUUUGAAAGGUCACCUUGAAGAAGGGGGUGAACUAGGUCGGUCCAGCCCAGCUCCUUGCGUUCACUGUGGAGCUACCUUCGCAGACGCCGCAGCUUCUGAGCGCCACCUCACAGCACAUUAUCUGGCAGUCUCGUGCGAGUACACUUGUCAUAGUUGUGCUCGGAGUUUUUCUGCGCCUGAUGAUCUACAGAAACAUCUCCUCGAACUGCACGCGCACCACCUCUACAGAUGCGCUCUUUGCAAGGAGAUUUUCGAUUCGAAAGUUGCGAUUCAGGUACACUUUGCCGUGGCACAUAGUGGGGAAAACAAAGUUUGGGUUUGCCGGUCUUGCGGCGCGGGCGCAGGUGCACUGCGCUCAGAGGCAGAGGGCGCGGCGCACGUGCGCACUCGCCACGCCGCCGCGGCUCCGCGCUGCGCGUGCGGCGCCUUGCUCGGCAGUGGUGUGGCGUCCAGAACGCCAAGACCGCAUCGGGCUUAUCGCUGCCCUGUGCCCGCCUGUAACGACGCUUUUGCCGUACAAUAUCUGCUUGAAAGACACAUGCAGGCACAUCAUGCAAUGCAGCAGCAGGUCCUAAAUGGAGAAAUGACUAGGACAAAAAGAAUGGAAAGCAAUAACGACGGCGAGGCGGGUGAUGACGCUCGAUCACCUUGCACUCCUGGGACGGACAACAGCGGUGUGACUACAGCGGUGGUGGCAGCAAGUGAGGAGCGGCGCCGCAAGAACGGUGCCGUGGCGCUGCAGUGCGCCUACUGCGGCGAGCGCACGCGCAGCCGCGCCGAGCUCGAGGCGCACACGCGCGCGCACUCCGGCGCCGCCGCCGCCAGGCACAAGUGUCUCAUCUGCGACGAAGUGCUGCCUUCUGCUGCGGUGCUCGCUGAGCAUAAACUUACGCAUUGCAAGGUGGUAUCUGGCGACACAUGUUCUCGUUGUCGUGCCCGGCUGCUAUCGGAAGAAUCGUUCCUGAGUCACAUGGCGCGGCACCACCCAGCACUGCCGGCACCCUGUGUGGUUUGCCGACAGACGCUAGCAUCAGAGGCCGAGGCACGACUGCAUGCGAGGUUCCACCUUAGGCCAGGAGAGGAUGAACAGAGGUGUGCGAUAUGUCUUCGAGCGCUACCGGAGGGCGAGGCAGGCGAAGGAGCACGCGCAUGCUCGGCUUGCUAUGCGCGUCACGCCGCCCCUCGCCCCCCACCACCCGCGGAUCAUGACUGCCGUCUGUGCCGAAGAGCACUCGGCUCCCCAACACGACUACAAGCGCAUCUAAUUGAACACACCUUUGCUGGCAUCGGCGCCUUCACCUGCUACCUAUGUUCGGCCGUGUUUACAAGCGCGGCAGGACUGCAGCGCCAUUUGCCCGAGCAUUCCUCCGCACCGCGACCUUACGACUGUGCUCGCUGUGGACUCAAGUUCUUCUUCCGAGCAGAGCUAGAUAAUCAUGCGUUCGUGCAUCUUGAAGAGGCUGAAAUAGCUCAGCGAGCGUUUUAUGAAGCGUAUGCCCGAGGCGCUGCUACUGCGUGGGCAGCUUUGGCACCACCGGAGCCUCGAGCGACUCCGCCGCAAGCUGAGGUCAAACGAGAGCCGGAGAUAAAAGAGGAGCGAGGCACGGACGAGUAUAUUGAGGUGUCAUCACCUCCCCCCGCGCCUCCGCCGCCCGCACCCCCCGCACCACCGUCGCCCUCACCCGUAGUGAAGCAAGAGAAACCCGAUGAGGAGUAACUCGGAGCUGCCUCGAUUCGCAGUGAAUGUGUCGUCCCUGACGCGGGCAUGGAUCCCGCUGCAAUACUAGAUUACGUCCGUACGAGCUAUUUUGAAGUGUUUAAUUUCGUUAAAUGUUAGUCGUUAAAGUUUUGCGUUCAGAACGCUGUAACUCCUGUAAGUAGUCCGUAGGUACCUAUCGUUUAUGUUGGCUAGGAGUAUGUUUUAUAAUGUUUACAUGGCUAUUUGUAUAAACUGUUAACUUAAUAUAUUGUGUUAAGCUUCAA